AUGAAUGACAAGCCCUCCUCGUCCGACUCGCCCCGAGGCGUCUUUCUAGUCAGCUACGCUCGCACCGCUUCUAAUCUACUCUGCAAGAUCCUCGCCCUCGAUGAGCAGCCCCGUGCAUUUUCCAAUCCAUCCUCAGGCUACUAUUUCCGCCCGGCAUUCCUGCCACACUGGGUGACUGGCAAACCAUAUCGGCCAAUUGGAGAGAUCAGUGCCAAAGAAACUCAAGAGCGACAGGAAUGUUUUCAAAGGUCCUAUGAAGACUUGGAACGCGAUGCCCAUUCCGCCCGAGAGCAAGGCAAGAUCCACUUCUUCAAAGAACACGCGCUAUGGAUCUCCAAUCCUGCUGCGAUCGCAGAAUGGAUGGGCGAACCGAAUCUUCACCCUCCCGCGGUCUUUCGGGUUCAUCCAGUCGGGGAUUCCGAACUAGAGAAGGCGCCGUCCUCAACCUGGUCCCCAGAGAACCAGACAGUCAUGAGCGAUCAAGUUCUCCAGAAAUGGCGUCUCGUAUUCUUGGUCAGACACCCUGCUCUGGCAUUCCCGUCGUACUAUCGCGCAUCCCUGGCCGUGCGCAGCCAUCAAGGCUUACACGAUUCCGAAAUGGAACCAUUGCUGCGGGCGAGUCUGACUCUGCGAUGGAGUCGGUUCCUCUACGACUGGGCGUGCAAAACCGAUCCACAUCCGCUGAUGCUUGAUGCGGAUGAUGUGAUCUUGAACAAAGCCGCCUUGGCCCAAUUCUGUACAGAUAUUGGAUUGGAUGCGACGCGACUGAGGUUCCAGUGGGAAUCCAGGGCGGAUACAGGCGCUCAGGAGGGAAACCCUCCUCCAAAGCAAGAGCAGCAAACCAAGGACGAGGAUGAACACAAAGAAAAAUCCAAGACCCCGUUCCACAAGAUCUUUGGAAGCACCCUCUUGAAAUCCUCAGGGGUCAUGAAGACCAAGAGUCAAUCCGACCUCGACAUUGCGACUGAGGCCGCCAAAUGGAAAUCCGAGUUUGGGGUUGACAUGGCCGAUUUAAUCGAAAAGUGUGUCAGAGACGCCAUGCCCGAUUAUGAGUAUCUCCACGCGAAAAGAUCUUAUGCGAACCUCGCGGGUGAAAAUGUGUGA